CCAUGGUGGACGACGGUUGGCUCUGACUCAGUGAAAACAGAUAAGUGGGCGAAGUUGAACUGACAGGCGUUCCCGGCUACCGUAGUAGCUGUAUCUGGCAGCGAAACUGAACUGAAGACAUGUGUGGAAUCUUUGCAUAUCUCAACUACCAUGUGCCGAGGACUCGUCGGGACAUCCUUGAGAUCCUCCUCAAAGGUCUGCACCGACUGGAGUACAGAGGCUACGACUCAGCCGGUGUGGGAAUUGAUGCUGGAAAUGGAAAGGACUGGGAGACAAAUGCCAAGUCCAUCCAACUGAUCAAGCAACGUGGAAAAGUGAAGAUGCUUGAUGAGGAGAUCAACAAGCAGCAGGAUAUUGAAAUGGAUGUGGAGUUUGACGUCCAUCUGGGCAUUGCUCACACCCGCUGGGCCACCCACGGCGCGCCGAGCCCAGUUAACAGCCAUCCUCACCGAUCUGACAAGACCAAUGAGUUCAUUGUCGUUCACAAUGGAAUCAUCACCAAUUACAAAGACCUGAGGAAAUUCUUGGAGAGCAAAGGCUACGAGUUUGAGUCAGAGACUGACACGGAGAGCAUUGCCAAGCUGGUGAAGUACAUGUUUGACAACAGGGAGAAUAACGACAUCAGUUUCGCAACACUGGUGGAACGAGUGACCCAGCAGCUGGAAGGAGCUUUUGCCCUGGUCUUCAAGAGCGUCCACUACCCCGGAGAGGCAGUUGGCACAAGGAGGGGAAGUCCCCUGCUGAUGGGAGUGAGGUGUGAUCACAAGCUGUCCUCGGAUCAUAUUCCUGUGGUCUACCGCUCCACCACUAAAGACAAGAAAGGCUGCACUGCCCUACCCAGGUCGGACCGGGAGAGCUGCUUGUUCCCUGUGGAUGAGAAAUCUGUCGAGUAUUACUUUGCCUCCGAUGCAAGCGCAGUGAUCGAGCACACAAACCGGGUGAUCUUCCUGGAGGACGACGAUGUGGCCGCCGUGGUGGAAGGCCGCCUGUCCAUUCACAGGAUAAAGCGUACGGCCGGAGACUAUCCAGCCCGCGCCAUCCAGACCCUGCAGAUGGAGCUGCAGCAGAUCAUGAAGGGCAACUACAGCUCCUUCAUGCAGAAGGAGAUCUUUGAGCAGCCCGAGUCUGUGGUCAAUACCAUGAGGGGGAGAAUCAACUUCGAGAACAACACAGUGACACUGGGUGGACUGAAGGACCACAUCAAAGAGAUCCAGAGGUGUCGGCGGCUGAUCCUCAUCGCCUGCGGGACCAGCUACCAUGCUGGUGUAGCGACCCGGCAGGUCCUGGAGGAGCUGACCGAGCUACCGGUCAUGGUGGAGCUGGCCAGUGACUUCCUGGACAGAAACACCCCCGUCUUCCGAGACGACGUCUGCUUCUUCAUCAGCCAGUCAGGGGAAACAGCCGACACCCUCAUGGCCCUGCGCUACUCUAAGGAGAGAGGAGCUCUGACCGUGGGAAUCACCAACACCGUGGGCAGCUCCAUCUCCAGGGAGACUGACUGCGGAGUCCACAUCAACGCUGGGCCUGAGAUCGGAGUAGCCAGCACCAAGGCGUACACCAGCCAGUUCGUGGCCCUCAUCAUGUUUGCGCUGUUGAUGAGCGACGACAGGAUUUCCAUGCAGCCCCGACGCCGAGAGAUAAUCCAGGGCCUGAGAGUCCUCCCAGAUCUGAUAAAGGACGUGCUGGCUCUGGAUGAUGAGAUCCAGAAGCUGGCGAUGGAGCUGUACGAGCAGAAGAGUGUGCUGAUCAUGGGCCGAGGCUACCAUUAUGCCACCUGCCUGGAAGGAGCUCUGAAAAUCAAGGAGAUCACGUACAUGCAUUCAGAGGGCAUCAUGGCUGGAGAGCUGAAGCACGGCCCCCUGGCUCUGGUGGACAAACUCAUGCCGGUUAUCAUGAUCAUCAUGAGGGACCACACCUACAACAAAUGUCAGAACGCACUGCAGCAGAUUGUUGCCCGCCAGGGCCGACCCAUCGUGAUCUGCGACAAAGACGAUUACGAGACGGCGAAGAACUCGUGCCGCACCAUCAAAGUGCCGCACUGCGUGGACUGCCUGCAGGGCGUCCUGAGCGUCAUCCCGCUGCAGCUGCUCUCCUUCCACCUGGCCGUGCUCCGAGGAUACGACGUGGAUUUCCCAAGAAACCUGGCCAAGUCAGUGACCGUGGAGUGAGACGCAACAUUCAUCACAACAACAGAAGCCAGGCGGACGCUCACUCAUACAGACGGAGAGGGAGCGCCUGUAUGCAGAAAGCAACGUGUUAUUUUUAAUGCAAUCUUUUACCCAACAGUUGUGUAUCCCACUGUUGCAUAUCCUCACUGUCUAUAUUUUCCUAGAAUCCAAUGGCAUCGUUGUUGUUUUACCGUUACAGAAGCAGUUGUCUGUGGUGGGGAGGUCUGGGCUGGUUGUGAAUCUGUAGCAACUGACGGUUACAUAUUUAGUUGUGCUGAUUAGCAUCACUAGGAGACAGGAGUUGGGUUUUACAGACAUUCAUGGUUUUUGUUUUUCUCUUCCUUUCCUGCAAUAUGGAUAUUUUUCUUUGGCAGCUAAUCAUUUGAAGUGUCUUUAAUCUAUAGCAAACGACCGCCUUAAUUCAUUCCAAGCCACAGGUCGUCACGUAUUGGUAAUUGCAGCGCAGUUUGCCUGCGUUUACCUUGUUACACUUUCUUCUGAGGACUCUCAUCUCAAAGGAGCAAAAUCACAGAAAAAGCUUGAAGACACUGCUGUGUAAGGAAUCUUCUUGGGUAGGUUACACAAGUUUGUCCUUUGUAUGAACCUUGCGUUUCAAUAUGAAACCCUAGUCUUCUUGGUGGGAUUGGUUUGCGAGAAGAAGCCUCUUACUCAGAGUGUGAGAUUGUGUUACCUCACACUCGCGCUUCUAUUACUUUAAAGCUUUUUCUGCAUAAUGACUCUUAUACUGACCUUAUUGCUGAGCUAAGGUUUACAUUUAAACUGAAGUGAGAUGAAGUUACUGACAUGGAGUAGAAGUUUCCAGCCCACGCCUCUCCACCACGACUCCUGCAAUUGGGACCAUUUGUAGCUAACCUUUUUCUUUUCUUAUAUUUAAUUUCUUUUCUUUGUAUUAUUGAAGUUACUGUGAUUUAAAAUGUGAAUCUUACUGUCAUUUGAAAUGUCCUGUCGUACCAAAAAUCACUUUGGCAGUUGUAAACCAAAACAUAUAUGUUCAUCGUAUAUUGUAGCCAAACGUGUACUGAUGUUGGUAGAUUGUGUCAUGGAAGGAUGCUUUGAGGCCUAAAGCGGACAUGUAUAGUUUUAUGGCAGGGUGUCAUGCUGCAGAUGUUUAUUUAGAUAAAAAAAGUCAGCUGUGUGUGACCCAUAAUGUCUAUUGGAAAGGGAGAUGUUGUACACACACACACACAAAUAUAUUUAUCUUGCUUAUGCAAUCCAGCCUUAACUUUAAUUUCUUCCCCCCCUUCAUUGAGUUCCUCCUGAACCAGUGUAAGGUUUUGAAAACUGGACAAUGUUACAGGUACAACAACAAAAAAAGCACGUAGAUGCGGUUAGCAGAUUUAGAUUUCUUGACUGGAGGCGUUGACAAAAGAUGCUGCACUGAAUCCUAGCAACAUCUGUUACUGAGGGCAUGUGGCACUAUUCAUUAGUGGACCCGAUGCAAUAAAGUGUCAAGUACUUCCCUUUAAA